CUCCUCAACGCUUGGCUCUUCAGUGUUUAAACUUUCCUUGAAAGAGACUUACCUCCCAGCAUCCCCCACUACAGUUAUUAAACCCUGUCUUUGCCUUGAACUUGAGCCAGGAUUGAUUGUCACUUUCCCCUCGUGCGUGGCUGCAGGACGCGUCUCGGUGCGCGCACAAUGGAAAGGAGAACGCGUCCGGUGCGUCCGCCCCGGUCCACCUCCUGUGCUGCUACUGCUGUUGCUUUUGUCUCCGGGACAAACUGACAAAACCCUGCCCAGGAGGCAGACGCACAUCCCGGGCUGGAGGAUUUGCGUGCCCCCACUCAGAAGAUAAACCAGAAACGGAGACUGAGUCCCCGAGAGAGAGAGGACAUGGACGUACUGUAGCCAGCAAUAAGAAUAUAAGGAGGAUGUUGCCCAGCUAUAAUUAGACAUAGAGCUCAAACUGCAGGGAGGCAGAACAACAAACAGUCUUCACUGACGCAGAGAGAGAGUGUCAAGGACACAUCAGCAACUUCCAGGACGCCUGCCGCAAGUCAAAAGGAGGACAGGCGCUUCUGAAGAGCCGAACUCUGAGACUGAAAAGCACAAGUCAGAUGUUAGACACUUCAGUGUUUCCAAAGCACACAUGAAAGCACGCUGAGGCUGUUCACCCAUGGGAGACCGUUCCACGCGAAGAUCAAAACAGCAUUCGGCACGGGCAGAUGGAUGAUGCUGCUGAUCCCUCGCUCCGGAGGUGUGGAGUGACAGAUGACAGAGGUUUUGGUACAGCAGGAGGGAGAGCCAAAGAUAGAGGCGACGACGGAGAGACUCGCCACUGCUGAUAACCGAGAGAACAGAAAAGGUCAAGCACAUCGAUUGGGAGGUGAGGUAGAAUUCGCCCUCACCAUCAUCUCGGAUAAACACCUCAGAUAUGUCCGUUCACAACAGCAAGGUUCAAAGCUGAAUGCAGAUACUGAAACCGACUGACACCCUGUGGCAAACGGACUACAGCGAUUGGGUGGACAGAGGACGAUGGUGGCCGGCAGCCAUGGAUAUGAGUCAUCCAAUUUCCAGCUCUAAAUUAAAAACUCUUAAAGUCUCACUUCCACUUGGAUGUAGAUGUGGCUGAACACCAAAAAGCAACUCGGGACAGUUUUGCUCAGCAUAUACCUUGAGAACUCCCUGGCAAUGAUUUGUUGGCCAGUAAUGGGAGAUACAAGCCUAACAGAACAAUUUGAGGCUGUUUGGAGCUAGCAAGAUUUAUUAAAACACAGUAAUAAAACCAAGAGCCCUUGUAGCUGCUUCUUCCCUAUCCCCCUGCCCCAGCUUCCCUGUCAUUCACAAUCCCCCAGAUUUCUCCCUUUCCUGCUUUCUUCCCAUCCCAUCUGAUCAACUCUUAGGCGAUAUCCUUCAGAGAAGUGUCCCUUAAUUUUGAGUGCAGCUUCUUCUUCUGUAUGCUUCUGAAGCAGAUUGUCCAAUCUCCAGUAAUCUCUCUUUGAAAUGGGUGGCCCGGCAAGGGCUCUUCUUGGCGGGUUCGGGACAACCACAUCCUCCUUGGAGGUCGGGGGUCGAAUGGCUUGGCCAAGUAACAACCCCUUAGAUCUCAAUCAAACCCUCCCAUGGGGGAUAGGACUUGGAAGCAGCAGCGGGGGUGGUGGUGCUUCCGGCAUGAGUUUAGGUCUGGAUAAUUUAACAACCCAGGAGUCUGUGAGCAGGGCGGUUAUCAAAGAGAAGAACUGGCCAGCGCUGCUCAUACUCGUCAUCAUUGCGCUGACGAUCGGCGGAAACAUUCUGGUCAUCCUCGCGGUGUCGCUGGAAAAGAAGCUCCAGAAUGCCACCAACUUUUUUCUGAGGUCACUGGCUGUAGCGGACAUGCUCGUAGGGAUCCUGGUUAUGCCGAUCUCUCUUAUCAACAUCCUCUAUGACUACGCCUGGCCCCUCCCCAGCGCUCUGUGUCCGAUCUGGAUCUACCUGGACGUGCUGUUCUCCACCGCCUCCAUCAUGCACCUCUGCGCCAUCUCCCUCGACCGAUACGUCGCCAUCCGCAACCCUAUAGAGCAUAGCCGCUUCAACUCUAGAACCAAAGCCAUGAUGAAGAUCGCUGCAGUGUGGACCAUAUCUAUAGGCGUGUCAAUGCCCAUUCCAGUGAUUGGCCUGCACAACAAGGACAAGGUCUUCGUCAACGGCAGCUGUGUCCUCAACGAGGAGCGCUUCGUGCUGAUUGGCUCCUUUGUGGCCUUUUUCAUCCCGCUCGUAAUCAUGGUGGUGACAUACUGCCUCACCAUACAGGUGCUUCAGAGGCAGGCCACAGUCUUCCUGUAUGAGGCAAAGACUUCUUCCCAGCAGCCUUUGCACACACCAGCAAUGGGAAAUACAUUGCAGCCUCCACCCAGCACCUUCCACCUUCCUCAAAUCAAUACACUUGCUCCUCCAGACUCACAAGAGUUGAAGGUCCCGCCUCCUCAAAGCAGACGAAACACCUUGAGCUGCCUGAAGGGCACAGAGCCCAGCAUUCUGCUCAGCGCCUCCACCUCAGAUAGCAUCAGCAUCAUUCCCAGCUCUGAGGUGGCGUCCCAGCUCAGCUCGCCGGCAGCUGGACCGGGCCGGAGCGAUGCGUCAAGUCACGGUCGCCGGGGGAUGAUGCAGGCCAUAAAAAAUGAGAGACGGGCCUCGAAGGUUCUAGGAAUCGUCUUUUUCCUCUUCCUCGUCAUGUGGUGUCCCUUCUUUAUCACCAACGUCACCUUCGUCUUGUGCAGCAACUCCUGCAAUGAGUCACUGCUCCAUGACCUCCUCAACGUCUUCGUCUGGGUGGGUUACAUCUCCUCUGGAGUCAACCCUCUGGUCUACACCCUCUUCAAUAAGACCUACAGGAGAGCGUUCUCCAGCUACAUCAGGUGCCAGUACAAAGUCGGGGCCAACGCAGCCGGCCAGGGUUGCAAAACCCUCCUCGUCCCGCCGCCAUGCCCUUCACACGCCGUGACUCCUCUUCUUAUGGGCGAUCACGGGAAGGCAGGUGUGGACCGCAACAGUAACUGUCGCAAUGGCGGUAGGGGGGAUAACGGGAGGCUCGCAGUGGACCCGGAGGACACGACAGACGAUGGGACGCAAUUCGGAAUAACCUCGCAGAGCAUUUCGGAGUGCCAGAACAUUUGCAUGCUUUCAGAAACAGAGCCGGAAACGGAGCUGGAGCCGGAGCUGGAGCCGGAGCUGGAGCCGGAGCUGUCACUCAUCAGCUACAGCCCUGCCCCGAGAGAACACACAAGCAGCGUGUGACUGUGUGCAUCCGGUCAGUUUUAGUCUUCUGCAACCUGCAGAUGCUGUUCCAAGCAGGGCUGGUGCUUGGACACGACAGCUUUUCUACUGGUUUCAACUGUAGUGAGGACUCUUACUGGGAAAAGGACUAGUCUCUGCUGACAAGCCUUUUUCUCCGUACUACGUCCAUCAAUGUGGAAAGAAAUUGGAAGAGUUAAUAUUUCGGGUUGGAAAGGUAGAAUGAAAACCAAUAUUUCCAGUGUGCUCGUUUUGUAAAUGUUGGCUUUCAUAACAUUAAUAGAAAACAAAGGCAUCCACCAGGCCUUUACCUUUACAUCUAAGCACUCAUCAGUGGCAAGAUGUGGGGGCUCCUCAUGGCAUGACAAUACCAGCUGAGAUCCACUGAAAGGGAUUAAGUGAAGAGGUCGGUGGAGAGCCAGCUCUCGUCAACCUAGCAUUAAGUCAAGUGGCCCUUCACGGAGUCCCACAGACGCAGGUUACAGAGUCAAGCACCAACCGGGAGGCCACUCGGGUCAAACUACGCCUUCAAGCCUUCACACAGAGUCGAAAUGCAGUCAGAGCUCGGGUCCACGUGGAUUCCCUCCACACCAAGCAAACUAAACCAAAUAUAUUUUUGUGCCGGUCGAGCUUGACAACAACAGCAGUCCUGAGAGCCAUCUGAAUGAACCUCUCCAGCAUGUUUAAUGAAACUAUUCAGCCGACAGGAGGGGGAUGUUUCUCUGAAGGAAACUGCAGUUGAAGCGUGUCUAAGGGGACCAACAUGAAGGAAUGUACUACCGCUGGUCUCUGGUGGACUCACAGUGCCAUCUAGUGGUCAUAUGACUCAGAGAGGUCGCGUCUUACCCUCCCCCCUUCUCCUUUAUUGGACUGAACAAGGGGGAUACAAGAGCUAAGAAACAAGGUGCAGGCCUUUGGCUUAACACAGCUGACAGGCUCUGGCUUCUGUUGACCAACAGAAACACUUUGCAAAAUGCUAAAUUCACUACUUCCACAGGUUUUUAACUCAAAGCAACCAAUGAAAUCUUAAAUAAAAGUAAAACAGUCUAAAAGGAAAGCAUUAUAUGUAAUUUUUUUAUGUUAAGUUGAACUCUUUUCAUGUUUACACUCAUUACUCAGUCCCACUCUUUUCUUUAUACAAGCCAAACGGGGAAGUGUAUAUCUUUUGCAUUCACCCAUUAAAAGAAGACUACAGUGUAACGUAGCCUCAUGCAAAUAAAUGAAAAGUUUGAGUCAAA